CAGGUGAAUUGUUUUCUGUGUCGCCAGGAAUUGCUCGUUGGAUUCAGGGAUUGUUUAAUUACAAUGAAAGAGUACUUUUAUAUGGAUCAUGGAAGCAUGGUUUCUUUUCAAUGGCUGCUGUUGGUGCUACUAAUGUUGGUUCCAUUAAAAUAUAUUUUGAUAAGCAUCUUGCUACCAAUAUGGUUGGUAAAGUUGAUAAGAAUGUAUUCUAUGACAGAAACCUCACUUGCAAACACAGAGAGGAAGGAAUAUCUAUGAGAAAAGGCGAGAAUCUUGGAGAAUUCAACCUUGGCUCCACAAUUGUUCUUAUAUUUGAAGCACCAAAAGACUUUGAGUUUGACAUUCAACCUGGGCAGUCCAUUCGAUUUGGUGAAAAACUUGGUAGUUUUUAACAUAUGCUGGGGAAAUCAACACAAAUAAUAAACGUGUAUGUC